CUGAUUCAUGAUUUCCUGGAAGUAGUUUCAAGGGGUGAUGUUGAACUCAUCGGUGACUAUAUUACUAAAGUCCAUUCCAUCCUUGGAAACCUUGACUUUCAGCAUCCAGAGACUGGGAAUACACCUCUCAUUACUGCAGCAGAAGAAAAUCUAACAGAGGUUGUUGAAUUCCUUCUGGAAAAGGGAGCAGAUAUCACCCUUUGUAAUUAUAGCAAUCAAACUGCAGUUCAUGUGGCUAAUUGCCAUGUGCGAAGACUACUCUUGGCCAUCAGUGGAAUCCAGGCUCCCCAAAUGCAACUUCUACAAAGUUCAUGGCAAGGUGAUCUUGAACAACUUCAACACUUGCUGGCAUCUGAAGAGCUCCUGGAUAUAAAUUUCCCAAACCAACAUGGCUUGACCCCUCUGAUGCUGGCUGUGAGGGAUGUGGAUCUGUUCGAGAGUCUCGAUAUGUCAACAGCCUACAGACCUGUGGAGGUUCUGUCUGAGCUCCUCCAGCAUCACGCAGAUCCUAAACUCUGUGAUUUUAGUGGAAAAUCAGCAAUACAUUAUGUGUCACAAAUACAAAGUUUUAGGAAACAACAGUUACUGGACAUUCUAAUGAAUUCUAUGCCAAAACCAGAAAGACAUGCUGAAUCAUUGCUUGACAUUUGUCAUGAUACAAACUCUUCUCCCCCCGAUACGAGGACAGUUACUACAAACCAAAAUAUAAUCUUGCAAAGCAUCAGCAGCAGCGAGGAGUUUGACCAAGACGAGGACUGUAGUCAUUCCAUAUUGGUUAGUGAAGGAGGAGAUCCAAGUGGUGAUGGACAAGAUUGGCAACCCGGGACAGAAGGUGUUGAGAUUAUUGUUACUUUUCCAAGAGAUGUCCAUUAUCUCCAAGAAGUGAGCCAAGAAGAUUUGCAAGAAAACAAUCAGAUAGCCCCAGUGCAUCGAGAAUGGGCACGAGCACAUGCUGUUUCUCUCCCAAAUGAGAUGGUGGACUUCGAGACCAAGACGCUGACCAUGGGGCCUUUACUUUUGAAGAAAGAGGAAAGUUCCAAGGAGCUCUGUGAUGAGAAUGUGGGCCUUUUGUUGCCAAGACCUUGCUUAGAACCGAACGUCUCCAUGUCUGUAGUCAGAGAAGAUGUUCCUCACUUUCUGAAGGGGCAGCAAAGAAAAUCUGAAGAGUUUUCUAUUUCUGAUAUGAAGUACAGUAACCAAAGAAUCGAGUUCCCUCUGCCACAGUUGUCACUUUUGUCCAUGAAACCUGGUCUUCAUACAAUCCCCUCAAAUCACAAGGGUCAAAAAGAGAAAGAAAGAAAUAUUCUGAACUUCAUAUCCUUCGUACCUAAGCUCUCAGAGCCUGGAAGUCGAUCUGAGGAGUUUAGACCAUCGCACAAGCAGCAGGAAACUCCGUUUAAGGUGUUUGUGGAUCAGACUCUUAGGUCCACUGAUAGCUCCAUUUGGUCCAGAAACAUGUGCUCCUUUUGGAAGGCUAGCCAUCAUAGACAAUACAUGGAGAUGGAGGAGAGUAGGAAUUCCAAGGAAAAUGAAGGAAGUGACAAAAUCACAACCUUUGACUUCGGAAAAGGACAAUCUUUGGUGUCCUUUGAGAAUUGUAAGCAAAGCAGUUUUCCGACAGAUAGGGAGAUGGAUAUUGACUCCAUUGGUCAUGAAAUGAGAAAAGCAGAAGAGAAUUCUCGACAUCUAUCGUCAGGAAAGAAAGAGGAUUCAGUAGCCAGAAACUGUAAACAAGGCUGUGAAGUUGGAUGUACCAUGCCAAUCAAGUUCCAAGAAUCCCAGCAUUCAGAAAUAAUUCUAAACCAGGAUAAAGAAACUAGAAACGAUCAGACUGAUUCCAAAAGUGCUUCAGUACAUAAAGGUGAAGCACUUGAGCCAAAUCAUAUUUUAGAAGAGUAUGCUGUACUUAAAAGUUUGUCCAGUGCAGUCCCUGAUGGCCCCACUGAGAAGCUCCCUCAAGGUCAUAGAAGCAUGGAGACAAACAUAAAAGUAUCAGUAGCAGAGGCCACCAAACCAGAAAUGAAUGGAAUAGUGCCUCUUAUCCACAUCACUUUCCCUGAACAUGGAACUCCCAGGGAACUGGCAAGAGCCAAACCGAGCCUCCCAAAAAGAAAAGGCACUCCUCAAAACAACAAUAGCUUCAACAUACUCGCACACCCAGAAACUGAUGGGCAUAAGAGGAAAACCCACAGAAAUAAGUUGGAAUCAAAGACCAAGAGCAGUAACAAGACACCCCAGAAUUUCAUGAUUUCCAUUGAAGGUUCCAUCAAGCCUACCAUGCAUAAAAACAGCAUUAAAACUCAAGUUUUCCCUGCCUUGGGGAUUGUUGACCCCAGAUCUCGACAGUCACCCAAGUUUCAAAGGCAAAUGCCACAGGUAGAAAAGAAGCAAUCAAGUCACCGGGCUCUAAAAACCAAAAAGCAAUCUUUUCCUUGUCUCUUUAAGAAUCCAGGAAUGAAAAAGUCUUCUGUUCCUCUCUCUGCUCAACCAACAGAGCCGAGACUCAAUUACUUAGAUCUUAAGUAUAGUGACAUGUUCAAAGAAAUCAAUUCAACUGCUAAUGGGCCUGGAAUCUAUGAAAUGUUUGGGACUCCUGUUUAUUGUCACAUGAGAGAGGCUGAACGUCAUGAGAACAAAUACUACAGAGAGAUAUCCUCAACUCCAUCUGGGAGCAGUAUUACCAGCAAAUGUCGAUCUUCACACAGUGAGAGGAGCAGCAGUGGCAGAACAAGAUUUUCUCAGAAAAGACCACAUAUUAAGCCUGCAAAGGCUUCACUUGACAUUAAACAAAAGAACAAAAGUUUAAUUUCUAAAGAAAAGGGUUACAGGGCCGUAGGUAGCAACUUACAAGGCAUUGGAAAUGGUGAUGAUAUUUCAGAUCCAGAGUGGCAGGUAAAGUCUUCAGGAAGUGACUUUCUCUCUUCCAGGGAUGAAGUUCAGCCCUUGAACUUGGCUCUGCCGCACAAGCGGUCCCCUGAACAGAAUGAACUUCCUGUUACAGAUUUGUCCACUGUUGAAGAAGUCUCUAUGGAAGAGUCUGGUGAUGAAGGAGACACUUCUAACAAUCAAAUACUUGCCACAAGCCUCAGAGAUCUGCAUGAACUGGAAGAGCUACAUCACCAGACCCCACUUGUCCUUUCCGAAAAUAGCUGGGCAGUGCCCAGUGACAAGGGUUCCAACAAGCGUGUACAGCAAGAAAAGCAGAAUACACCCUCUCUUGGCAAAAUAAAUGCCAACCAAAUUUUAACUAAUGAUAUAGGGUUUGAGAGGGUUUUAGAUAAGUCUGAAACACUUCAGAGUUUCUCUUUCCAAGAGAAACAACAGAGGGCAUCUUCCCAAGCAUAUCAGCAUUGGGCACGUUCUUUGGAUCAGGAUAGUUUAGCUGAUGAGUCGGUUACAUAUCACACAUUUGAAGACACUUUAAAGGAGGCAAAUUCAAUUUCACAAGAAAUUCUAGAUUCUGUGAAGAGCGAAGAAUUGACAGAUGAACUAUUAGGGUGCCUAGCUGCAGAACUCUUAGCUCUGGAUGAGAGAGAGAACACCUCUUGCCAGAUAAUGGCAAAUGAAACAGAUCCUGAAAACCUAAGUCUUGUGUUCAGUAGGAGAGGAAAAACCACGGCAGAAUUGGGCAGAGAGACAACAAACGUUAAAAUACAGAGAUAUAGUAAUGGGUUCAGGAUAUACAAUAAGGAGGAGAAAUUUCUCAACUCAAAUGAAAAGAAGACAUUCUCUGAAAAUAGUUUGAAGUAUGAAGAAUCUAUCCUGUGGACAAAGGGAGAGAUCCUUGGGAAGGGAGCCUAUGGCACAGUAUAUUGUGGUCUUACUAGCCAAGGACAGCUGAUAGCUGUAAAACAGGUGGCUUUGGAUACCUCUGAUAAAUUAGCUACCGAAAAAGAAUACCGGAAACUGCAGGAAGAAGUAGAUUUGCUCAAAGCACUGAAACAUGUCAACAUCGUGGCCUAUUUGGGGACAUGCUUGGAAGAGAACAUUGUAAGCAUUUUCAUGGAGUUUGUCCCUGGUGGCUCUAUUUCUAGUAUUAUAAACCGUUUUGGGCCAUUGCCUGAGAUGGUGUUCUGUAAAUAUACAAGACAAAUUCUGCAAGGUGUUGCUUAUCUUCAUGAGAACUGUGUGGUGCAUCGAGAUAUCAAAGGAAAUAAUGUCAUGCUCAUGCCAACCGGAAUAAUAAAGCUAAUUGACUUUGGCUGUGCCAAGCGUUUGGCGUGGGCUGGCUUAAAUGGCACCCACAGUGACAUGCUGAAGUCCAUGCAUGGGACUCCAUAUUGGAUGGCCCCAGAAGUCAUCAAUGAGUCUGGUUAUGGAAGGAAGUCAGACAUCUGGAGCAUUGGCUGUACCGUGUUUGAGAUGGCCACAGGGAAGCCCCCGUUGGCUUCCAUGGACAGGAUGGCAGCCAUGUUUUACAUUGGAGCGCACCGAGGGCUGAUGCCUCCGUUACCAGAACACUUCUCGGAAAAUGCAGCGGACUUUGUGCGUGUGUGCCUAACCAGGGACCAGCAUGAGCGACCUUCUGCUGCCCAGCUCCUGAAGCACUCCUUCUUAAAGAGAAAUCACUGAACGUACAUCAACUUCUCCCUCCAGUUCCUUUAUAGGCACUCUGUGAUUGCUUCAUUGUGGGAAUCAUGGUUAAGGGACCUUUGUUUUCUUACUGUUAAGUCCCAUCAACCCAAUUUAACCAGAUCCUGCAGUGUUGCUAACUAAAAAGUUUGUUACCUAUUAGUCUCUUCACGCUUCAGGCAUGGUUACACAUGUAUAUGGAAAAAUUUUCUUCAUCGGUAACAACAAAAAACCUAUUCCAGUGUUUACAGCUUGACUGUCCAGGAAUUACCACUUCUAUUGCUAUAUAGGAUUUUACCUUUUCUUUUUGGCUUGUCAACUUCA